AUGCCUGUUCCAAGUUACGGUGCCCUUCCUCUCAGCGAGACUUUUCUCUGCAUCAGAGGGCUGAGUCUGGUUGCCAUGGUCGGUGUUGUCGGUCUGACCGCAAAUUUCGUGGCUGCAAUCAACAGUGUGGGCAUCGAGCCUCCGAAAGAGAUUGUCGGAACUUUGAGCAUUGUAUGUAUCUCUUCGCAAGCCAUGUCUUCAUCAACACUGACUCACAUGCCANNGACUUGCAUCGCAACCCUAUACACUCUGAUCAGUAUCCCAUUCUACAUGGCUCAGGCAAACUUAGGCCUGUUCGUCAUGACAGCCAUUGACGGUCUUCUUCUCCUUGCGUUCAUCGUCGUCUCAGUCACUCUCGGCAAACCACUUAGUCUGCUCAACUGUUUCGCCAUCGCCAAUGUCGACUCCAAAGUCGAUGCAGCAGGCGCUGCGUACUGGUUGCAAAGUCUGGUGCAGAACGUCAAGCAGGGCGGAAGUAUCGGACUGUAUGUCUGGGCCGGUUCGACCAGAGUCAAUUGUCUUGAGACCAAGGCCAUCUGGGGGUUGUGCAUUGCGCUCUGCAUCUUAUUCUCAUGCUCUUGUACUCUGUUGCCAACUCUGUGGUUCAAGAGCAAGAGAGCCGGUCUGCUGCCCAAGAGGAUCGAAGCGGCUUGA